ACUAUAAUUGUGUUAUAUUUGGGACGAAGCUGAAACUAAACUUUUUAUUAAAAAAUAAUUCAUAAUAUAAGGACAUAGUUUAAUUUUUAAACAAUAAAUAGUUUUGAGCAAGAAAAGUCAUUUUCUUGUCCCUGUAUAGUUAUGGCUGGCGCAGAUGCUUCUAUUACUGGUUCUCAAAACCACGCCAUGAAUGCCGACAGUAAUAGUAAUGGGGAAGCCAAUAACAUAACAGAACCUAGCACAAAUGCAGUAAUGGUUUGUUCACUCAAGCCAGCCGAAAUACUUGAGGAAUAUGGCUCCAACUUAAAGUUGUUGGAUUGCAACUCUCAAGUAGCCGAGCUACUAACUAUUAUCCGAGACAAGAAUACCACGCGCAGUGACUUCAAAUUUUAUGCGGAUCGUCUCAUACGAUUAGUCAUUGAAGAAUCUCUAAACCAAUUGCCAUAUUCUGAUUGUCGCGUGGAAACACCAACGGGAGCGACAUACGAUGGUCUCAAGUAUCGCGCUGGAAACUGUGGUGUUUCUAUUAUACGCUCUGGCGAAGCAAUGGAGCAGGGCCUGCGCGACUGUUGCCGUUCUAUACGUAUUGGAAAAAUUUUAGUAGAAUCUGAUGCGGAUACGCACGAAGCGCGCGUAGUAUAUGCUCGAUUUCCCGACGACAUUGCUAGUCGGCAAGUUUUACUCAUGUAUCCUAUAAUGUCGACUGGCAAUACAGUUUUGCAAGCCGUUAAUGUACUUAAAGAGCACGGAGUACCUGAGAGCUGCAUUAUAUUGUCAAAUCUUUUUUGCACUCCAAUUGCUGCUAAAACCGUAGUUGGUGCUUUUCCCAGACUGAAAAUUCUUACCUCCGAGCUGCACCCCGUUGCUCCUAAUCAUUUUGGUCAAAAAUAUUUUGGUACUGAUUAACAUUAAAUCGAGAAUAUCAGACAAUCUGAACUUUUAUUGUAUAUGAAAAAAAGGAUUUUGACCUAAACAUAUAUAUAAUUUAAAGUAAUAUUAGGUACAUUUUACUUGUUUCAUGCACUUUAUUGACUUAAAAUGGAAGCGAUAUACUUAAAAAUCUUGGAUACCUAUCUUUGUGUAUUUACAAAUAUUUAUUUCAAAACUAUUUGUUUAAAAUUUAACACAACCUUAUGAAUAUUUACA